CAGAAACAACAACAACAACAAUAAUUAUAAUAAUAAUAAUAAUAAACCAUGUCCGGAGCGUUAGCCAGGUUGCUCUUCUACCCGACGUUAGCCUACAACGUCGUCAUGGAGAAGGUGUCCUCCAGGCGCUGGUUCGACCGGGUGGACGGGACGGUGAUCCUCGGAGCGCUGCCGUUCAGGUCCAUGACCAAGCAGCUGGUAGAAACAGAAAAUGUUCGAGGGGUUAUCACCAUGAAUGAGAUGUAUGAAACCAAAUAUUUCUGCAACUCUGCUGAGGAGUGGCAGGCUGCCGGGGUGGAGCAGCUCAGGUUGAGCACAGUUGACCUCACCGGCGUUCCCAGCCUGGAGAACCUGCACAGAGGCGUGGAGUUUGCCAUGCGGCACCGAGAGCAGGGAAACAGCGUGUACGUCCACUGCAAGGCCGGACGCUCCCGCAGCGCCACGAUGGCUGCAGCGUACCUCAUUCGGCUACACUGCUGGACUCCAGAGGAAGCCUGUCAGAAGCUGGUGUCCGUUCGACCUCAUGUCCUCGUGCGCUCAGCUCAGCUGGAGAUGCUGAGGAAAUACCACCAGCAGGUGUGCGGACAGUCCAGCUGAGAGGGCAAAGCGGCAGGUCAGACCUCAUCAUGUUCCUACAGCAGCUGGAAGACCGAACUCAACGUGAGAGUCAACGUGACACGAGAAACAGCCAAUCCUCCAUAUCGUCAUCCAUACUGUGUGAAGAACAACAACUGCUCUUUUCUCUACGUUUUUAAAGUUUUACCUGUUCAUUCAGAACACAUCAGUAAACUCCUGCACAGCCUUCUGCAGUGUUUAAUUUCAAAGCUAAAGCCUGCUUGUGGCUGAAAAAAUAUAAAUUUCUGAAGCUCAGCAUGAUAUCGACGUUGCAGUAUUGUUGGUAAUAAUAAAAAACACUCCACAAUCUCCGCAAUCGAAUUGCUGUGUUUGGACUGCAGUGGUGCAGCAAGAAGAAGACAAUGAAUGCAAACAUCAGCAGUGAAGAGAUCACUAUUUUUAAUAUAUUUUCCAAGGUGCCUCAUAACUUUAAAAUACCGACGAUGUUCAAUAAAAUAUUUGUGAGACAGUCUAAUUUUGUGCUCUUUUAUUUUGAGCUUCUAGGCAUUUUUUAUGACACGUACGCUGUGUUCAUCUCAAGAACUCUACUUAAGUGUAGUGGCAGUACCUAAAAAUGAUUAAGUACAGCCAAUUUUCAUACUGUUCAUAUUUCAAAUGAGAAAGUCUGACUAUAUGCAGCUGUAUUUUGGCUACAUUUCACAUGAUAUAAAAUCUGAUCUCAAAAUGUCAACUUUUUAAGAGCUCAUAAAUACUUACUAACCUAAAUCUAUCUGAUGCUUUUAUUUAUUAAGUUGAUUCCUUCUUCAGCUGAUGUGAAAGCAUGAAAACCCCCCAAAACUGGAAGGACUACAUUUUCAUUAAACUGUCAUACUUCUCAAUUACAGUUCUUUGGAUAUUUUUUUUUACUACUAAUACAGUUUAUUAUUCUUCUUCCUCAAGUGACCUUUACCUAAAACUAUAUUUUUAUUGUAGCAUUGCUACUAUUAUGCAGUUAUUUAGUAUAUCUGGCUU